AUGCUGGACCCUUCCUCCAGCGAGGAGGAGUCCGAUGAGCUGCUGGAAGAGGAGCGGCGGGACGUGCUGGUGGCGGCGGGCGGCGGCUCUUCGCGCUCGCUGCCGCCGGCGCCCCGGGACUCGCGGGGCAGGGAGGCCGGGGCGGCACGGGCAGCCAGCCCCAGCCCUUCGGUGCUGAGCGAGGGCCGGGACGAGCAGGAGCGCCUGCAGCGAGAGGAGCGGGAGAAGCGGCUCCGGCUGCAGCUCUACGUGUUCAUCGCGAGGUGCAUCGCGCACCCCUUCAACGCCAAGCAGCCCACGGACAUGGCCCGCCGGCAGCAGAAGCUCAACAAGCAGCAGCUGCAGGUACUGAAGGAACGUUUCCAGGCCUUUUUGAACGGGGAGACACAAAUCGUAGCAGAUGAAGCGUUUUGCAAUGCUGUGCGAAGUUACUAUGAGGUAUUUCUCAAGAGUGACCGGGUUGCAAGAAUGGUCCACAGUGGAGGAUGUUCUGCAAGUGACUUUAGAGAUGUUUUUAAGAAAAACAUAGAAAAGAGAGUCCGAAGUUUGCCGGAAAUUGAUGGAUUAAGCAAAGAGACAGUAUUAAGUUCUUGGUUAGCCAAAUACGAUGCCAUAUACAGGGGAGAAGAGGACUUGUGCAAACAGCCAAAUAGAAUGGCCUUAAGUGCUGUAUCAGAGCUGAUUCUGAGCAAGGAACAGCUUUAUGAAAUGUUUCAGCAGAUUCUAGGGAUCAAAAAAUUGGAACACCAGUUGAUUUAUAAUGCCUGCCAAUUGGAUAAUGGAGAUGAGCAAGCAGCGCAGAUAAGGCGUGAACUAGAUGGACGACUACAACUGGCAGAACAAAUGGCAAGGGAAAGAAAAUUCCCAAAAUUUGUAACAAGAGAAAUGGAGAACAUGUACAUAGAAGAGUUGCGGUCUUCAGUGAAUUUGCUAAUGGCAAAUUUGGAAAGUCUGCCCGUGUCUAAAGGUGGGCCAGAAUUCAAACUGCAGAAGUUAAAGCGAUCACAGAAUUCUGCAUUCUUGGACAUAGGAGAUGAAAAUGAAGUUCAGCUGUCAAAGUCUGAUGUGGUUCUCUCCUUCACAUUAGAGAUUGUUAUAAUGGAGGUACAAGGUUUAAAGUCAGUUGCUCCCAACCGGAUUGUCUACUGCACCAUGGAAGUGGAAGGGGGUGAAAAGCUUCAGACAGACCAAGCAGAAGCUUCCAGGCCACAGUGGGGAACCCAAGGGGAUUUCACCACUACUCACCCUCGGCCUGUUGUCAAAGUAAAACUCUUUACAGAAAGCACCGGGGUGCUGGCACUUGAAGAUAAAGAACUGGGAAGAGUUGUGUUAUAUCCAACAUCCAAUAGCCCGAAGUCUCCUGAUCUGCAUAAAAUGAUAGUUCCCAAAAACAGCCAGGACAGUGACCUGAAAAUUAAACUGGCGGUGAGAAUGGAUAAACCACCUCACAUGAAGCACUGUGGGUACUUGUAUGCUCUAGGACAGAAGGUUUGGAAGCGAUGGAAAAAACGCUACUUUGUCCUUGUUCAGGUUAGCCAAUACACAUUUGCAAUGUGCAGUUACAGAGAAAAGAAGUCUGAGCCUCAGGAACUGAUGCAGCUAGAAGGAUACACUGUGGAUUACACAGCUCCCCACACAGGUCUUCAGGGUGGUCGAAUGUUUUUCAACGCUGUUAAAGAAGGCGAUACUGUGAUAUUUGCCAGUGAUGAUGAGCAGGAUAGAAUACUCUGGGUUCAAGCCAUGUACAGAGCCACAGGUCAAUCUUACAAGCCUGUUCCUGCAAGUCAAGCUCAGAAGAUGAAUCUUAAAGGAGGCAAUGCCAACACAGAUAUAUCCCCACUUUAUACAGACCGUGGGCAGAAACAUGGCAUGGAUGAGUUUAUUUCUGCUAAUCCCUGCAAAUUUGACCAUGCUUCCCUCUUUAGACUGCUUCAAAGACAGACCUUGGAUCACAGAUUGAAUGACUCCUAUUCUUGUUUGGGCUGGUUUAGCCCGGGUCAGGUCUUCGUGUUGGAUGAAUACUGCGCUCGCUACGGGGUGAGAGGCUGUCACCGCCAUCUCUGCUAUCUCGAUGAGCUGAUUGAAUAUUCAGAAAAUGGUUCUGUCAUUGAUCCAACUCUGCUCCACUACAGCUUUGCAUUUUGUGCUUCUCAUGUUCAUGGUAACAGGCCAGAUGGAAUUGGAACAGUAUCUGUGGAAGAGAAAGAACGGUUUGAGGAAAUUAAGGACAGACUUUCCUCUCUUUUAGAAAACCAAAUAAGCCAUUUCAGAUACUGUUUCCCUUUUGGACGUCCUGAAGGAGCUUUAAAGGCCACACUUUCAUUACUUGAAAGGGUUUUAAUGAAAGAUAUUGCCACUCCCAUACCAGCAGAAGAGGUGAAGAAAGUGGUUAGAAAAUGUCUGGAGAAGGCUGCCUUGAUCAAUUACACUCGACUUACAGAAUAUGCCAAAAUAGAAGAGACCAUGAAUCAAGCAACACCUGCAAGAAAACUGGAAGAGGUUCUUCACCUUGCAGAACUCUGUAUUGAAGUAUUGCAGCAAAAUGAAGAGCAUCAUUCCGAGGGAAGAGAGGCAUUUGCUUGGUGGCCAGAACUGCUGGCUGAGCAUGCAGAGAAGUUUUUGUCUCUGUAUUCUGUCGAUAUGGAUUCAGCACUUGAGGCACAGCCACAGGACUCCUGGGACAGCUUCCCACUUUUCCAGCUGCUGAAUAAUGCCCUCAGGAAUGACACACUUUUGUGCAAUGGAAAGUUUCACAAGCACUUGCAAGAAAUUUUUGUUCCAAUGGUUGUCCGCUACAUUGAUCUCAUGGAAUCAUCAAUUGCCCAGUCCAUUCACAGAGGUCUUGAACAAGAGUCAUGGCAACCUGUCAACAAUGGAUCGGCUACAUCAGAAGAUCUUUUCUGGAAACUGGAUGCUCUGCAGAUGUUUGUUUUUGAUCUUCACUGGCCAGAACCAGAAUUUGCCCGCCAUUUAGAGCAGAGACUUAAACUCAUGGCCACUGACAUGAUAGAAGCCUGUGUUAAAAGAACAAGAAUUGCAUUUGAACUGAAGCUGCAAAAGACAAACAAAUCAACAGACUUGCGUAUCCCUUCUUAUCUGUGUACAAUGUUUAACGUCCUAGUUGAUGCCAAGAAACAGACAGCUAAACUCUGCAUACUGGAUGGGGGGCAAGAGUUUGCUAGUCAAUGGCAACAAUACCAUUCAAAAAUAGAUGACUUGGUUGACGAAACUGUUAAAGAAAUUAUUUCACUUCUUGUUUCAAAGGUUGUUUCAGUGUUAGAAGGUGUGCUGUCUAAAUUGUCAAGAUAUGAUGAAGGUACUUUCUUCUCAUCAUUAGUUUCAUUCACUGUAAAAGCAGCUGCCAAAUAUGUUGAUGUUCCGAAACCAGGAAUGGAUCUAGCAGACACCUACAUUAUGUUUGUUCGGCAAAACCAGGAUAUCCUUCGAGAAAAGGUCAAUGAGGAAAUGUACAUAGAGAAGUUAUUUGAUCAAUGGUAUAGCAACUCCAUGAAAGUCAUAUGCAUGUGGUUGGCUGACAGAUUAGACGUUCAGCUUCACAUCUACCAGCUGAAGACUCUCAUCAAGAUAGUGAAGAAAACCUACCGAGACUUCAGGUUGCAAGGCGUGAUGGAGGGGACGCUGAACAGUAAAACCUACGACACCGUGCACAGCCGUCUGACUGUAGAGGAAGCCACAGUCUCAGUCACGGAUGCAGGAGGACUUCAGGGCAUUACAAUGAAAGACAGUGAUGAGGAGGAAGGAUGAUAUUAUUUCACAAAGCAUUCAGAGCUGGUGGGUGAUGGUCUGAGGGUGGGAUUUAUCUUUGCCUUGGGGUUUUUUGGUAACUUGUCCUUGUAAUUGCAUUUAUGGUUUUGCCUUAUGAUAUCGGUGCAGAAAUGUAAUUUGCUCCAUUAAAAAAGAAAGUAAGAUUAUCAGAGGAAAAGUGCCAAGGACUUUUUGAGAAUAAUGGUUGUAGCAUAUUUUUAUGUAUAGCUUUGCUUAGGGCUGCAAGAACACUGGCAUGGAGUUUGAGUUCCACUUGUGAUUACAUUUAUUUCCCUUUUGUUUGCUACCAUUCAUUCUUGUAUCUCCAUCUGAUAUUGAUGUCCUGUGCAAAAACAAGAUGUGUGUCUCACUUAAAACACAGCUAUAAAGGAAAUCAUCCUUGGAAUGAGUCAAUGCCCUAGGUAAAAAAAAUAGUGUAUUUUCAAGAUUACAAAUUGUUUACCUUUUUUUUUGUGCUUAAUUUUACAUUAUUAUGUGAUGUGCAUUAAAAAUUUUAAUCUUGGUUCUUUGUAUAUUGAGACAUAUAUAAGCAGAAGAACUUCAAGGACAGUCAAACAUACAAACUGCUUAAGAGUGUCGUGUCUAUUCAUUUUGCAAGUUUAAAGAUAUCUCAUCCUGUUGGAUGUCAGUAAGCUUGCCAUCUAUGUUUGUAUUUCUGUGAAAAUUUUCAGGCAAUAAGAACACAUUUUGUCGUGGCCAUUUAUGUAUCUACCCAAGUUUGUAUAGAAUUCUACAAUUAAAAGAUGUUUUCAGUAUUUCAAACAA